UGCGAGGCGGCUGUUCCCCAGCGGAGGCGGGUACAGAGGAGGAGGCAGAAGGCCAGAGAAGAUGAGUUUCAUAAGAGAAGAUGGAAACAGACUUCAUCCAACCAGACUUGGAUAAAAAACAUUCCACAGAGGCUGGUGCAGGCUCCUCCAUUUGGAACACAGUGAGCCUCUCUCUAAGAGGGGAAAUCUGUGCAGAGGAGAUAACAGGAGAUAACAGAUUCUGUUCAGUCCAGUUCAACAAACGGCAUGAAGUGAAGUGUUGGGGCCCGGGCCAGGCUCUGGAGGCCUGGCAGCAGGGACUGCGGUCUGGCGGAUGGCGCCACUACCGGGGGCAGAGCUGGUCCAGACGCCGCUGCAGCUCUACCGAUACCUGCUGCGCUGUUGCCGGCAGCUGCCCACCAAGGGCAUCCAGGAGCAUUACAAGCAUGCCGUCAGGCAGAGUUUCCGGGUUCAUUCGGAUGAGGACAACCCUGAGAGGAUCCAGCAGAUUAUUAAGAGAGCCAUAGAAGAUGCCGACUGGAUCCUGAACAAAUAUAAAAACUGAGACUCCAGGGCGUGAAGAGUGCAGCUGCCUUGGAGACACUGACAUGGAGAGCCCUCGCUUCACCCAGCCCUAGCAGCAGCAGCAGCCGUGCUGGGAUAUCCACCGGCCUGGUUGGCCGGGAGCAGGAAGUCAGCGAUAGGAGAAGCUGUCGUUUGCUCAGACUGCGCUUCCUGCCACAUUUGUGUCCCCAGCGUCCUUCACAUUUGCUUUUCCAGCUGGUGAUGAGGUGAGCUUUGGGGAGAAGGUGUUUUCUCAUUUUGCUCUGAAAGUGAUUCAUUACUCUGGACGUCGUCGUUUGAGAGGCGGAGCUGGCGUCCCCUCACACAGCAGCCUGUGCAGAGGACAGGGCCUGGGCUUUACAGUCAGGCUGAUCUGGGUUUGGAGCUCAGCUCACUGGCUUUUCAAGGGUGUUGGCUGCAAGUCCAUUUCUUCCUUCGUUAGGAUUAGAUGAAAUCAAAGAGCCUGACACAGGACAUGGUAUGCGGUGGGGCGGGUGAAUGUCCUUCCGAGGAGGCCGGCCUCUGGCGCUGUCGCGGUGCUCCCGUGUCUCUCUGGCUCGCUCCACAUCAGCUCUUAGUUCUCUGUGCAUCUGCUGUCCCUGCUUGUCACCCCAGGCCCCGAGCCCUCACAGUUGCACUGUGCCCGGGCAUCCGCCCAGCAGCUGCUCUUCCUGACACCGACCCUCCCAGCCCAGAGAGACAGAAACCCUGGUCCUUAUCUUCGUGGGAUCUGUUGUGUCUCAGAGUGCCGAAACAAAAAAUGCCAGGGCAGCUGCAGUAGACGCCGAUGGGUUCAGGCUGCGUGUGACCAGCCCUUGCCUACUUCGGCUCCAUCUUAGAAGGCGAGGGAGGAGGAGCAAGCAAGCAGUCGUGAGGGUCGUCGUGAGCCUGAAGUCCGUGGAGAAGGCAGACCUGGGUCGUGUCCCAGCUCCACACAAAGUGCUCUCGGGUAACUCAUCUCGCCUCCUUCAGUCCUGGUUUCCCAUCUAUCCAGGCAGUAAUGACCGUACCUACCUCACGGGGCAGCAGUGAGGAGUCAUAAGCCCUAAUGUAUACCAAGUGCUUCACCCAGGACCUGGCCUGGGGAGCCAAGGAGACGGGAGCUCCUUUUCAAGAGAUUGAGCCCUUUUCAAGAGAUUGACUAAGUUGGGUCUGUGAAUGUACCAAACCCUCUACAUUUAAGAGGGGAAGGACAGCAGCAGGGUGAGAGGGAGGAAGCGGGGAGGGCAAGCAGGGAACGUUGGGGUGACCGGCUGGAGCGGGUGGAGCAGCGAGAAGAUGCAAGGAGAGACCACACCAGUGGUGAGUGUCCCCCGAGGACUCCCAGCCAGAGGAUGAGCUUGCAAUCACGUGACUUACAGUGACUCAGAUACGCCCAUGUGCAUUCAGCUGAUCAGCAGAUCAUGAAGUAAAUACGUCAGAGCUCUGGUGUAUGUUCCCUACUGUGUGCUGUCGUGUUUGAUGUUGAGGGUUAGAGGCAGGCAGACAGAAAGCUGCCAGGAGGGAUCAUUCUUUCAUGUUUCAACUCAUUAAUUGAAAUGUCCAGUCCUAGGUAAAGAUAACAUUUCAGAACUUACGUGAAGGUUGAGGCAUCUCUCUUCCAGGUGGGAUCUGCCCCCGUGGGAAACCUGCUGUCAGAGGAGGGGACCGCGGGCGGGCCGCCUUUGGUAGCUUGGGGUGGGGGAGUGGCAGGGGGCGCCUGGCAGACAGGCAGUUUCACCAAAGGCUCGGAAUAGCACCGCUUGCUCAGGAAGUCCCACGCUGUUCUGUGUGGGUGAGGCGGCGUGGCCUGAAGAGAUGGUGUGCAGCCAUCUCUUCGUGUCCUUGUCUCCUGUCUGAGGGUGAAGCCCUUGCGGGCAGGGACCGUGCGCUGGCCAGCUGUGUGCCUGCUGCCCCAGUGGCGAGCUUUGAGCAUUUGCCGAUGGCAGGAUGAUAAGCCCGGCAGACUGAUGUGCUGCUUCUGUUGGAGUGUCUAUUGCUGUCUAAUAAUGGGGGAUGCUGGGAGGUGGUGAUUAUUUCCUGGCCAACCACUGACAUAUGUGUGUGUGUUCUUAUCACUGAUGCUCCAAUAAAGUCUCAUUACUACUAUGGAAGCAGUUUUGACUUCGAGAAUUUCCUGAAAGGAUUUUGGGGAUUCCUUGGACUGCACAUGGAGUCCAUGGACUGCACUUGAAGCUCACUGUCUCUGUGUGUAAUCUGAAUAAAGCAGAAUACUAAGAGGA